UCGUCCAAGCCGUCCAAAGGAGGGUGCGAGCGGCCCAGAUCUUGCACACGGCACGCCCGCACGGCAAGACUCUGCGUCUUCUCUCUUCUGCCGCAGGGGCCUGGGCCUUCUUCCUCCUCUUCCGCCCCUCCACUGCUCCUUCUCUCGCCUCUGCCUCUUGACCUCUCCAUCGUUCGACCUCGCAACGCGGCAAGUAGGGGGUGCGGCGGUCUUCACCGAGAUGACCACCAUCGUGAUCACCGUAGGCGAUCUCCCGCGACACUUCCCCCUCUCCGUGCUUUGCUAGACAGAGAGAUCCGGGUUCUUCCUUGGUUUGCUAGGUGAGGACAUCAUGUGGAGCUUUGCAUCAAAUGCCAUAGCUGGAAGCCUUAAGAAAAAGGGACAACCCUCAAAAUGCAGCAUAUCCAAUCCAGAUUGUUCUGAUGAUGAAGUUUCUUCAUGUACCAGCAGAGAGGAAGGCCUUGAUUGUCCAAUAUGUUGGGAAUCCUUCAACCUUGUGGAGAAUGUUCCCUAUGUCUUGUGGUGUGGCCACACAAUGUGCAAAAACUGCAUCCUUGGUCUUCACUGGGCAGUUGUCAAGUUUCCGUCCCUUCCUAUCCAGCUGCCUUUGUUCAUCUCAUGCCCCUGGUGCAACCUGUUGUCUUUCCGUCUGGUUUACAAGGGCAACCUCAGGUUCCCACGCAAGAACUACUUUCUGCUCUGGAUGGUUGAGAGCAUGAAUGGUGAGAGAGCGAAAUUCCAUUCCUCUAAUCAUGAAGAGCACCAUUCCUCAUGGCAUUCAAGUGCCGGCACAAAUUCCAGUCAUCAACACCGAAGAAAUGCUACUGUACGAUCAGAGAGCUCUUCUGCCAGAGAAACAAGUGUCGUCGGUAACAUUUUCCACACUGACAACAUUAGUGCUUCUCUGCAGAAGCUUAUGGUAUGCUUCAUGCAGCUGACAGCCAAGUUUCCACUCGUGAUAAUCUUCCUGCUGAUAGUCCUUUAUGCUGUCCCUGCAAGUGCUGCUGUUCUGGUCCUGUAUGCCCUUGUCACGUUUUUGUUUGCACUGCCCUCAUUUUUGAUCCUCUACUUUGCUUAUCCCAGCUUGGAUUGGCUUGUCAGAGAGAUCUUCGCUUAAUUCGUGUUGUCUGAAAAUGUCAGCGCAGUUCGUGAGGCUGUGACACAUAUAUUAUGUAUUUCAUGGCCACCUGCCCUCGUGGGCCCUGUAUAGUUUCUACUGAUUUUCUGUCCUUCCCUGUCCUUCUAAGCACCCUAUUUAUGUUGUAGCUAUCUAUUUAUUAAAAAUGCUCUGCAAUGCUUUUAUUUGUGGUUC